AUUGCGCCGCCAUAUUGGUUAAUGGCAAAACGCCGGUCUUUUCCGCCUCGAAGCGUCUGUUGUUUCAACGCGGAAAUUUGGUAAAUGAUGGCAGCAAAUAAUUAUUUCGGGUUUACUCAUGGAGGAACCCAAUAUGGUGCCGCGACUGCUGGGGCGGCGUAUGGUGGACAAACGGGUUAUGCUGUAGCCCCAGCGGCUACCGCAGCGACGUACGGAACUCAACGCGCUGCAGCCACGGGCUACGACACUGCGUAUCAGGCCGCAGCAGCCACUCAAGCAGCCGCUCACGCGCACGCGCACGCGGCGGCGGCGGCGGCGUCCGCGUACGACGCCAGCAAGUCCGCGUACUACCAGCAGGCCGCCGCCGCCUACCCCGCCGCCGCGCCCCCGCAGCCCCAGCCCGCAUAUGACGCCUCCGCCAAGCCCGCGUACUCCACGCCCGCCACGUACGCGCAGGGCGGAGCUCGGGCCGGGGCCGGGACAGGCGCCAAGCCCGCGUACGGCGGCGUGUAUACUCACACGCACACACACACCGCCACCACGGCCGCCUCGUACCCCGCGCAGCCCUACACCGCGCCCGCGCAGCACCAGCCCAAGCAAGCUGCUAAUCGCGGCAACACUGCUUACGACACGGCGCUUUACAACGCAGCCACUAUGUACGUCGCGCAACAAAACAAGACUGGUGGUGGAGGUGGUUGGAAGAACUACAACAAGAGUGGUGUCGGCGCGGGCCAGCAGCGCCGCCCCAAGCCGCCGCCCAAGACGCAGCAGCUGCACUACUGCGACGUGUGCCGCAUCUCCUGUGCGGGCCCGCAGACAUACAAAGAGCACUUGGAAGGCCAGAAGCACAAGAAGAAGGAAGCGGCCGUAAAGUUAGCCGCGGCGGGGUCCGGCACCGGCAGCGGCGCCGGAGCCGGCGCUGCCCGCGCCGCGGGCGGGGCGCUGCGCUGCGAGCUGUGCGACGUCACCUGCACCGGCGCCGACGCCUACGCGGCGCAUGUGCGCGGCAUCAAGCAUCAGAAGGUGGUCAAACUGCACACCAUGCUGGGCAAGCCCAUACCCUCCACGGAGCCUACCAAGCUGGGAGCGAAAAGCACGGUAGCCGGCACGACCAAGAUCGCGUUCGUGGCUUCCGGGGGGCUCAGUACAGUGGCGCGAGGCGGUAAAGACGGCAAUACCCAAGGGGACAAGGAGAAAGACGGCGACGACAAGGACGACGACCACGAGCCUGAGCCGGAGGUGCAACCCGUGGGGCAGGACUAUAUUGAAGAGAUCCGCGGCGACGACGGCAAGCCCAUCAGCUUCAACUGCAAGCUGUGCGACUGCAAGUUCAACGACCCCAACGCCAAGGAGAUGCACAUGAAGGGCCGUCGCCAUCGUCUGCAGUACAAGAAGAAGGUGCAACCUGACCUGGAGGUGAAGGUGAAGCCGUCGAUGCAUCAACGCAAGCUGGCCGAGGCUAAGGCGCAGCGCAUGAUGGUGCGUGACGAGCUGUGGGCCCGUCGCCGUAUGCACGAUGGUAUGGAGGAAGACGAGCGCGCGUACUGGGAGGCCGGCCCCGAGCCCUGGUGGCCGCGCCCGCCCAUGCAUCAUCAUCAUCACCAUGGUAUGAGCAUGGGCUACGGUCCCAUGGGUCGUCGACCGGAGACUUCGGACGACCGGCACGUGCUGGCCAAGCACGCGGAGAUCUACCCCGCCGAGCCGCAGCUCAACGACAUCCAGCGCUGCGUGUCGCACACCGAGCGCGCGCUCAAGGCGCUCUCCGACGCGCUGAGGGAACAGGCGCGCCCCAAGGGGCAGACCCCAGCCAAAGCUGCAGUGAAAACAGAGGACAAGAAAGAUGACAAACCAGAAGGAAAGGAGGACGGUCGCGAUAAUCAAUUGUUCUCAUUCAUGGGCGAGGGGGAGAACGCCAACGCUCCCGUCGGGGAUAGCGGCGCGGCCGGGGCCAACGGCGGGGCCGUGCGGGCCCUCAAGGGGGUCAUGCGGGUGGGGCUCCUGGCCAAGGGGCUGCUGCUCAAGGGGGACCGGCAGGUGCGGCUCGUGGUGCUGUGCCACGACCGGCCCACCGUCACGCUGCUCAAGCGGGUCGCGUCGAUGCUGCCCGCGCACCUGCACAAGAUGAAGGGACCCGGCGAAGAGCCCAAGUACAAAGUAGAACUACAACCGGCAGAAGGGGCCGUCUUAGUAUCAGACGGGACGGUACGAGUGUUGGUGAGCCUCACUUCGGCCGUCAUGCGCGAACCAAACGAGGGUGGCGACAUAAAGCGAGACGACAAGGAUGUGCUCCCGCGGCAGAAGUGUUUGGACGCGUUGGCCGCCCUUCGGCACGCCAAGUGGUUCCAGGCUAGGGCUGCCACGCUGCAGUCGUGCGUCAUCAUCAUCCGCAUCAUGCGCGACCUGUGCCGUCGGAUACCCAACUGGACGCCGCUCAACCCUUAUGCGAUGGAGUUGCUGGUGGCGGGCGUUCUUCAGUCCGCGGGCGCCGCGCUGUCUGCCGGCGAGGCGCUGCGGCGCGUCAUGGAGGCGGUCAGCGGGGGGCUGCUGCUGGAGCACGGGCCCGGCCUGCGGGACCCCUGCGAGAAGGAGCUCGUGGAUGCUCUUGGUAAUCUACCACCACAGAAGCGCGAGGACUUGACUGCAUCAGCACAACAAUUUUUGAGACAAAUUGCAUUCAGACAGAUUCAUAAGGUGCUGGACAUGGAGCCGCUGCCGAAGGUGAAGCACGCGGCCGGAGGGUGGAAGUUCCCGCGCAAGCGGAGGCGCUCCGUCACCGACCCCGACCCCGACCCCGACGCGGACCAUCACAACGGUGACGGUAAAGUUGUCAAGACGGAAGAGAAAAUGGACGCGACAGACUCGGCCAAGAAGUAAGACGCGACGAAGAGAUGGCUUCGCACGCGGCUAACAGCUGCGUCGCGACGCUGCACAACCAGCCUAGUUAUAUUCCUAUGGGACUUUCCAAAUUUCAUCACGACCGAAAUACGGCGGCGAUCGUUGCCGAACACGAGUUUAUUUACACCGGUCCAGAGUUUUAAUAUUACCUUUCAGAUUUAAUAUCUUUAUAUUUUGUGUAAAACUUAUUACGAUUGUUUCGGACGCGAUUUGAAUGUGUCUCCGAGCAGGUGAUCUGUCCAUACCUAUAUUAAAGUAGACCCGAGAUAUUGUAGCGUUCGGAGGUAGGUAGAUUUUUAGGUUCUAUAUUUAACUGUAAAAUUAGUAAUUAGAUUAUGAGAAUGUGAGACAGGGAUAGAUCUUGGAAUGAGACUUCGGAUUUGGCAUAGAUAGAUAGGACGUAUGGAAUUAGAAGUAAUAAGGGUUUUCUUUUUAUUAUAAAAAAAUAGAAUAACAGUAUUUGACCUAUGACGUUUAGUUCCUCCUUUUUCGGCCCUGCCACAUUACAUAGCAAUAUACAUAUACAGUUAUGUAUAUAUUUUCUCUAUUUAGUUUUGUAAGUUUGUAUAUUUAAAGGUGUUACAAGUUAUAUUUCAAAUGAGGCGUUAGAGAUAAUCGCGCUAGGCAUUUGGAAUCAGUUACACUUUCUUAUUUAUCAUUUUUUUUAACUUACUUACUUUUUAAGUAUUUGUUGAUUUUAUUAGCAUUGACGAGAACUAAGUAGGCUCUAUUUUUAAUAAAUUAAUAUGGUGUACUGUUGUCGUUUCUCUAAACACUAAAAAGUGAUAUUGAAAGAUGUAACAUUAGGAUAGCUUCAUAUGAGCGUUCUAACCUGUGAAAUUAAAAUCUUUCAAUAGAUAUAGUCGAGUGUGAGGUAACUGGUUUGUUUGGGAAGAUUCGUGUUAAGUGGCGUUAGCUAAUAUUUAUGAAGAACUUGUGUAUCAACUUUGUGUUGUGUGUUACAACUUUGAAAAUUACUUCAAACAAGCCGAGCCUUUGUAAACUUAACCUUCAAGUUUUAAAUUAUUUGGAGUAUGCUAAAAUCUUCUAGCUAUUUAGUGUGGUAUCAUAUAAAAGUACUUUCAUGAUAGUGACCGAGUCACAUGUAGUAGAUAUAAGCUUAGUGAAUUUAAACAAUAGCCUUACCAAAUAUGGUAAUGCUAAAUAUUAUUUGACUUUAGAUACGCGAAACUGAAGAAUUAAAAGUGGAUGUGAUUUAUAAUUAGUUAGGGUUCAAUGUAACGUCGGACCCGUUAGAUAGAUAUCAAAGAAAUUAAACCAAUGUCGGAAGACAUAUUCCAAAUGAAGUGUAUUUUUUUUUCUACACCUAAAUUUGUUUGUAUUUGUAUCUGUGUAAUUUGGAUAUUGUCAAUAAAGAUACUGACGA